CGCCCUCCCGACGCCUGAACAACUCCGUUGAGCACCUGCCCCCGAGCAGCGCUGCUGUCCAGCGACGUUCUGCAACGACCCGACAACCAUGUUCCCUCUCUUCGCCGUCACCUUCCUCACCGCCAUUAUCCUCCUGUGCCUCUUUUCACCCACGGUCAGGCGGUCAAUAAUAGCGGGAGACGACACUCUGGACGCUCAUGAAUCGGGUCUUGCCUUGGUUGCCUCCCGGAAUCCCUUUAGAGAAACUGGUCCCCCAGUAUGUAUGGCCAAACUCAUCAUGCUGAGACACAAGAUGCAGACAAGCACGCGGAAACGAAAGAGCCCCGCACAACCACGGCACCCCCGUAGCUUUGUUGCACAACCAACACGUUCUCGUCAACGGGAUACGUGGGUUCGUUUCGGAAGAAUCGGAAACCAGUACCACUAGCCUUCGCUUCUUAAUCUUCCCUUUCUAUCUAUUCACUACCUUUAUUGAUGAUACCACCUUCUUCUAUUCGAGCACACUUAGACUUGUGAGAUAGCCUGUUGUUUUUUCGAGGAUAUUACAUUUGGGCGGAGAGAGGGUCAUGCCGCGUGAAAGUAGAACAGAAGACAAAGUACAAUAGGACAAAACAAAGCAAGAAUGUCAACACUAUAACACUCCAAUUACACGGAUGCAUCGUCAAG